AUGGGGCCUCUAGCAUGGACAGUGCUCUUGUGCAUCGUCAACAGUGCUAGAUCGGGUGACGCGAUUUUCGACGAAACUGAUUCUGCUACACCAUGUUCUGCUAGCUUCUCUGGAUAUGCUCUCGAGAUGCUCAUGGUAAAGCUAGACCACAUGCAGCAAAGUGUCCUGGAACUACAGAUCGAAUUGGCCAAGCUGCGGAAAGAGGUUGCGCAGAGCCAAAAUGACAGCGAGCCGCCCAUGCAGCAUUGUUUCUUGGAGCUACAGACCGAAUUGGCCAAGCAGCGGGAAGAGACUGCGCAGAGCCAAAAUGACAUCCUCCAAUCGAUGCAUCGAUUGGAGGAUGAUGUUGGACGCAACUAUACUCUUCUACAGGAACGAUCAUGGCAGAUCUUGACGCAAAUACCUACGCGUGUUACAAAGAAGACUAAUCUUCUUUCAUAUGUGCCCUAUCGCUCGUGCAGUGACAUUCGGAAUGCACAGUCUGGGGCAUAUAUUAUCCAGGCGAACAAUGAAAGUUACGCUUUUAUGGUGUACUGUCACCGCGAUAUGGAGGGUGGAGGCAUCUGGUUGGUGAUACAGCACCGAUUCGACGGAUCGCUAAACUUCUAUCGCAACUGGACCGAGUAUCGGAAUGGUUUUGGUGACAUUGAGAAGGAGUUCUGGAUCGGACUUGAACGACUACAUCAGCUGACAUCGGGGCGACCCCAUGAACUGAUGGUUGAGCUGAGAGACUUUAAGGGGAAUUAUAAAUUUGCACUCUACGCAGCAUUCGAGAUCGGCAGUGAAGCCGAACAUUACAAUCUGAAAACACUUGGAGCUACAAUGGAACUGCAGGAUUCUCUGUCAAGUCACAAGAAUAUGAAAUUCUCGACGUACGAUCGUGAUAAUGAUGUAUGGAAGGAAGUAAAUUGUGCUGUAAGAUUUGAGGGUGCCUGGUGGUACUACAACUGCUAUCGCACCAAUUUGAACGGGCCAUACAAGAAUAUAGUAGAUGGUAAAUCGAUGAACUGGUACGACUUCAGCAAUUCCCAUGAAGGACUGAGCUUUUCAAGAAUGAUGAUCCGACCAAAAUAA